UGUUGUUUUUGAUUCAGUGCACACUUCGUACAGUUCCGCGGUCGGAAGUAGUAGCGAUUAGAAGACGACUACGCGCUUCCAGAAUAGCGUUUGACGAGUUUUGCAUCGUAAUUUAAUGCGAUAGUGUAUCUCGGCUCGCGCGCGUUCAUCUUUUCUUUUCGCCCGAUUGAACGAGCAAACAAAACUAGUGUGAAAUGUUAUCGCAGACGGGUGCUCUGCUCGUGACGAUUGUGAUUCUCUGUGGAAUAAGUGGCGCAUCGGUUCCGAGAAAUGGGUGCAUCGUGGAAUUUGGAGAACAGAGCAGAGGUCGGGGAAUUCCCCGACAAACGUUUAACAGGAAUCCGUACUGCGAAUUCCUAGGGAUUCGCUAUGCAGAGCCUCCAAAGGGUGCGCUUCGAUUCGAGAAUCCAGUGUUGCUUCCCCCUCGUGGCGAACAAAACUACCUCACAUUGGGAAGCGUAUGCCCACAAGUUGACGAUUUGAAUAACGCGACGCAGGUUUUGGGCGAUGAGGACUGCCUGUUCUUGGAUGUCUAUCGACCUUAUGGCCUGAAUAGCUCGCGAUUAUUACCCGUGUUGGUGUUCGUCCACGGAGGAAGUUUUUCAGUUGGGUCCUCCACCAGCGACCUACACGGAGUGGACCUGCUUAUUGAUAACGAAAUCAUUAUUGUAAGUAUUCAGUAUCGACUGGAUCAGCUGGGAUUCUUACGAUCAGAUGAGUUUAACAUUAGCGGAAAUUUUGGGCUCAAAGAUCAGCGAACUGCCCUGCAAUGGGUUCAAAGAUACAUUCGUCAUUUUGGUGGCGAUCCGCGAAUAGUUACUCUCAUGGGACACAGUGCUGGUGCCGCCUCAGUUACUUAUCAUCUGUAUUCGGAAAACUAAGGACUGUUCAAACAGGCUUUUGCCUUAGGAGGAUCAAUGCUGGCCCCGUGGGCUUUUCUCUACGAUGCCGGCCUCUACACACAUCAGUAUUUUAAGGAAUUAAAUAUCACAUCGAUCGAGCAAAUGAAAUCGGUCGACUUCAAGUCGUUCUGGAACAAAGAUAUUAUUUACAAAUUUGCAACCGUCAACUAUGGAUUUUGUGUGCCAAGCGCUGAACUCGACGCUGCGGAUGCAGUUGUAACGCGAUCACCGCAAGAGCUGAUCCGCUCGAAGCCUCACAACGACGUGGCAUUGCUGUUUGGUCAAUCCUCUGAAGAGUUUGAGCUGUUUCUCAGCUAUGUUGAUGACUAUUGGAUAGGUGAGAACUUUCCCAAUUUUCAAAAUGAAACGCUAAAAAGCUACAUCGAUGCAAUUGUGGACAGAGCUGCGGAACUUGCGGAACGUGGAGGAAUUGAGCUGGACAAAAAUGUGUUUUAUUUGGAAUUGGCGAAUACAGCAAACUGGUUCUUCCCGAACAAGCAUUUACUGAGAGAGUAUUCCAAAUGGGUUCCAGAUAAAACCUACUUCUUCCGAUUUCAAUUCGAUGGAAAAUUUGGCUGGUACAAGAAGGCUUACGAAUAUGAUGUGAAGCACUACGGUGCGGUCCAUGGCGACGAGUUGGGCUACAUCUUCACUCCUCAUAAUGUGAGAGAGGCGUUGGCAAACCGAAGUAGUUUCAGAGAUGAGUGGCGGAUACAUGAGCAAACGGUCCAGUUUGUGACAAACUUCAUCAAGUUCGGGACUCCAAAUAAUCCUGGAUCAAGGCCGUUGUGGCCUCCGUACGACGGAAAUUCAGCUAAUCCAAAGUACUUGAACAUUGAUAAGACAUUCGAAAUACGGUCGGAUCAGUGGAGUUUGUAUCACUCGUUUUGGGGUGCAAUAUAUCAGUGUUUGUAUCAUUAUAAUUGCAAUGAUAUCAAGGAUCUGCUAAGGAUAGUUGAGAAAGAUAAACGAUUAACUAAUAAUUAAAUAAGAAUAAAAUUAUGUAGAUUGUAUUUAUGAUCAACUUAAUGAACCAGA